UAACUGAAUAUAAGCGUUUAGUCUAUGGAUGUGGUCUCCGAGUAUUCUUUACGAAGGAAGGUUAAUAUGUGUUAAUAUCAGGCUGAUUACAUAUUUGGGUAAUAUCCUAGUGCAGCUGUGUUAAAGUGACUUCUUUGGGGUAUGAUAUAAAUACACAAAAUAGUAAAAUUUGGGUCAGCAUUUUGACAUUCAGUUUUGUUAUUCGUUUUGAUAAAACAAAAUGGCAAAGCAAGUGAGAUCGCGAAGGAAUCGUAAUGCAAAUACUAAUAAACCAUCAAAAACUAAAAAUCGUUCGAAAGUGGGUAGGAGCAACCUAAAGUUUAAAAACAAAACUGCACCCAACAAGAAGUUGAAAAAAAUAAUCGGAGUUGCCAAAGUUCAAGAUGCAAGACAAAAAAUAUUACAAAAAAAAAGGAAAAUUGUUACUGAUGCUAGAGAGGUAUUAACAAAAAUGGCAAAAACUCGAGAUGCAAGAAGUAAACUGGAGAGUAUACGUAGUGGUAGAGAGUCUAACACUCGGGGCCAAACUAACAUUAAAGUAAUUGGUAACAAUAUUGUUCAGAAAGUAGACAGGAAUGGAAAAAUUAGUUUGAUCACAAACAAAACAAGAAGUACUACAAAUAUGAAUAUGGCCAUUCAAAAACAGUUGGGCCUUAUUCCCCAGGCACCAUCACAAGUUAAGAGGCUGUCCCCUAAAAGAACUGGAAGGUUAAGUAGCCCUACCUUAUUGAGAAAAACUAUAUUGAACAAUGUGGAUUAUGGGGGACCAGUUAAUCGAGUUUAUGAUACUGCAUUGUAUAAGUGGGUAAAACCAGGUAUGAGAUCAGCAUCUCAUUUAAUUAGUGGAUUGGAACCGGCAAGACAGGCAAUGCGAGAUGUUAUGAGGGAAGAACUUAUCUUGGCUAGUAGUAGAUGGCCCAACUUAGUUGCCCCAAAGCCUUUAAGGUUACAAGCAACCAAUUAUGUAGACUUGGUAGAUGAAGAAGAUGAAGAGAUGCCAAUAACUAGCUCUAGGAUAUCCCUCCAAGGAUCAAAACGAAUAUCAGAUGUUCAUAUGAGGCUUGAUAGCUCACCCAGUCAUCCAACAACUCACGGCAUACUAGGAGCCCCUAAAACAAAGGUUGUCGUUCCUGCUGGACAUAGAAUUGUGGUGUCUAAUUUACAAUCUUCUGUGAGUGAAGAUGACAUUAAGGAGCUUUUUGAAGAUAUUGGGCAUCUUUUGUCUGCCAAAUUGGUAAAAUCUGGAGUAGCAGAAGUGAUUUAUAAGAAUUUGAGUGAUGCUCAAAAAGCAGUGGACACUUAUCAUAACAGACAGUUGGACGGGCAGCCCAUGAAAUGUCUGUUGGUUAAUAAGAGACCAUUAAAUCAUCCCACUGCCGCUCCGCUUUCGAAAUCUGAGAGUAUUAGAAAAUUGCCAUUGACCAAUGCUCCUAACAAGUUGGUACCCGACAUUGGCACAAUUCACAAGGUGUUAUUCCAGAGGAAGUAGUCACCAAGGAAAAACCAUUAAUUAGUAACUGCUGUUCGUUUUUGCAAUUUGUUUAGUAAUAUUUGGAAUACUUUUAUCCCUGUGUUGACAUCUGCUAUUUUCUCAAUUUUUUUCUUAUAAAUGGACCAACUAAUUUGAAAAUAAUAUACUUAUUUCCAUAGCGAUUAUGAAGCAUGUUAACAUGUUAAAAGCAAAAAAAACCUAAUAAUUGGUUGGUUCUUUUAAAGCUGGACUUAUUCUUUUCAUUUUUAAAUUAUUUCUUGCAUUUUUCCCCAUGUUUCCGGUUUGUGUGUUAAUAUAUUGAAUUUGAACUCAUUUAAGAGAUUUUCGAUUUUUGAUAUUGGUGAUUGUUUAAAAUAUUUUUUUUACAUCAAUAUGCAGUAGUGGAGAACAUACAUAUAGGUUUAGUAAAAAAAUGUAAAUUUGUAUACUCUAGUACGUAAAAUAAGAACAGUUAAUAUCUCACAUUAUAUAAAAUGGAAGUUCACAAAUAAAAUACCUAA